UUGCAGUCACCUUUGCUGCUCAGUUCAUCUUCUAUGCUGAACAUCGCUCGCAGGACUUUCAAACGCGUGCCCAGCUUCCAGGACCUCCUACAAGGCAGGAUGACCCACCCCGACAUUUCUGUUGACGUUCUCGUCAUUGGUGCUGGCCCGACUGGUUUGGGUGCGGCCAAGCGUUUGAACCAGAUCGAUGGUCCCUCUUGGUUGAUUAUCGACUCUAACGAGAUCCCCGGUGGUCUGGCUUCGACCGAUGUCACCCCUGAAGGUUUCCUGUACGAUGUCGGUGGCCACGUUAUCUUCUCCCACUACAAGUACUUCGAUGACUGCAUCGACGAGGCCCUCCCCAACGAGGGUGACUGGUUCACCCAUGAGCGUGUCUCCUACGUUCGCUGCAAGAACGAAUGGGUUCCCUACCCCUUCCAGAACAACAUCUCCAUGCUGCCUAAGGAGGAGCAGGUCAAGUGUAUCGAUGGCAUGAUCGACGCCGCCCUGGAGCACCGUGUUGCCAACACCAAGCCCAAGAACUUCGAUGAGUGGAUUGUUCGCAACAUGGGUACCGGUAUUGCCGACCUCUUCAUGCGCCCCUACAACUACAAGGUCUGGGCCGUUCCCACCACCAAGAUGCAAUGCGCUUGGCUCGGUGAGCGUGUCGCUGCCCCCAACCUGAAGGCUGUGACCACCAACGUCAUCCUUAACAAGACCGCCGGUAACUGGGGUCCCAACGCUACCUUCCGUUUCCCCGCCCGCGAUGGUACUGGUGGUAUUUGGAUUGGUGUUGCCAACACCCUCCCCAAGGAGAAGACCCGCUUCGGUGAGAAGGGCAAGGUCACCAAGGUUAACGCCAACAACAAGACCGUUACCCUGGCCGAUGGCACCACCAUUGGUUACUCCAAGCUCGUCUCCACCAUGGCCGUCGACUUCCUCGCUGAGGCUAUGGGCGACCAGGAGCUGAUUCCCCUCACCAAGCAGCUCUUCUACUCCUCCACCCACGUUAUUGGUGUUGGUAUUCGUGGUGCUCGUCCCGCCCACAUCGGUGACAAGUGCUGGCUCUACUUCCCCGAGGAUGACUCUCCCUUCUACCGUGCCACCAUCUUCUCCAACUACUCCCCUUACAACCAGCCCGAUGAAUCGAAGAAGCUGCCCACUCUUCAGCUCGCCAACGGCUCUAAGCCCGAGAGCUCUGAGGCCAAGGAGGGACCUUACUGGUCCAUCAUGCUGGAGGUUUCCGAGUCUUCUAUGAAGCCCGUGAACCACGAGACCCUCCUGGCUGAAUCCAUCCAGGGUCUUAUCAACACCAAGAUGAUCUCCCCCGAGGACGAGAUCGUCUCGACCUACCACCGCCGCUUCGAUCACGGUUACCCCACCCCCAGCCUGGAGCGUGAGGGUGCUCUCACCCAGAUCCUGCCCAAGCUGCAGGAGAAGGGUAUCUGGUCCCGUGGUCGCUUCGGUAGCUGGCGCUACGAGGUCGGCAACCAGGACCACUCGUUCAUGCUGGGUGUCGAGGCUGUGGACAACAUUGUCAACGGUGCUGUUGAGCUGACCCUCAACUACCCUGACUUUGUCAACGGUCGCCAGAACACCGAGCGCCGUCUGGUUGAUGGUGCCCAGGUCUUCGCCAAGAACAAGCAGUAG